AAAGCAACUUUCAAGAAAAGAAAGAAGGGUUUGAUGAAGAAAGUACACGAACUCUCGACUCUAUGUGGCAUCACUGCAUGCGCGAUCAUCUAUAGCCCGUACGAUACCAGCCCUGAAGUGUGGCCAUCAAAUUCCGGUGUGCAAAGGGUGGUUUCAGAAUUUAGGACACUCCCAGAGAUGGAUCAACACAAAAAGAUGGUAGAUCAAGAGAGUUUUCUCAAACAAAGGAUCGCGAAAGCGACAGAGAAUUUGAGGAGACAAAGAAAGGAUAAUAGGGAGCUCGAGAUGAGUGAAGUCAUGUUCCAAUGUUUGAUUGGAAACAUGGAGAUGUUUCAUCUAAAUAUUGUGGAUCUUAACGAUUUGGGUUAUAUGAUUGAACAAUAUCUUAAAGAUGUCAAUCGCAGGAUCGAGAUUUUACGAAAUUCUGGUAUGGAGAUUGGUGAAUCUUCUUCUGUUGCGGCGGCGGCUUCUGAAGGGAAUAGAUUAAUGCCAGAUUUGGUGGCUACAACAGCUCCCACCACUACAAUUUAUGAGGUGGGUUCUUCUUCUUCAUCUGCGGCUGUCGCAAAUUUCUUUAACCCUAUUGAGCAUCAACAGUUUCGUCAUCCGGCGGUUCAACAUGUUGGAUUUAAUGAGCAACCUUGGAAUCUAAAUCUGAAUUUAAAUCAGAAUCAUAAUCAGAACCAACAACAAUGGUUUAUGGAAAUGAUGAACCAUCCUGAACAAAUGAAGUAUCCAACAGAGCAAAUGGGAUUUCAAUUCAUGGAUGAUAACCACCAAAACCACAUCCACCACCAGCAACAAGAGCACCAACAUCAUACCCCUGGUGAAUCCUUCAACCGCUCAUGAUGCCGCCAACUCAAGCAAUACCAUCCAUGUUACUUGUUCAAGUAUUACCAAUACUAUAUGGUUCUGUUAGGAUUUCGUUGAAUGUGGCAUUACAAUAAUUUCGAGAAUCGAUU